AUGUUUGCUCGUCUUAGCCUGUACGAUGAUGGUAGCUUGUUAGCUGAACUGCAACUGAGACCGACUUGGACUGACCAAAUUAAUGAGAAACAGUUAUUAGAUGAGUCGCUAGUUUUUCGGUUUCAACAAGUGGGAAAUGGUAAGACUUCGAAUUUUAGACUGAAUGGAGAAUGGGUAUUAUGUUUUCGUGGAAGUGUGUGUAUACCGAGGGAUUCUAAGCUGAGGCAGGCUAUUCUGCUAGAGACACAUAGUAGUCCUUAUGCCAUGCAUCCUGGUGGGAACAAGUUAUACCGAGAUCUUCGUGAGUUGUAUUGGUGGCCUGGGUUAAAACGCGAAGUUACCGAUUAUGUGAUUCGCACUGAUUAUUCAUUACAGAAGUUGGCUAAGGUGUAUGUGGCUAAGAUUGUAAGAUUGCAUGGGACGGAUGGACAGUCUGAGAGAGUAAUUCAGAUAUUGGAAGAUAUGUUAAGAAGUUGUGUAUUGGAUUUUAAGGGCAGCUGGGAGGAUUUUUUGUCCUUGGCAGAAUUUACGUAUAACAACAGCUACCAGUCCAGGCCGGAGCUAAUUGCUGAUACAGAAGACAAGAUACUUAAGCGUGUAGGACCGGUUGCAUAUCAAUUUGAGUUGCCUCCGGAGCUAGAAAGAAUUCAUGACGUGUUUCAUGUUUCAAUGCUUAGGCGAUACCAUUCUGAUCCCUCGCACAUCAUGCCAAUUGAGGAAAUUGAAGUUAGGUCUGAUCUAACCAUUGAAGAGGAACCAGUGCAGAUAUUGGAGCAUGACGUUAAAGUGCUAAGAAAGAAAUCAGUUCCACUGGUCAAAGUACUUUGGCGUUUUGAACUUGAUGGAGCUAUUAAUGGGAUUAUUGCUAUUGCGUGA